UUCAAUAAUGGUGUUGGUGGGCCUCCAGAAGGGCCUACAGUAAAGGCUCUCCUCGUCUGCGGAGCUGAUCAGAAAUGGUAUUACGAUACACUCCCCGUCACCGACGUUAAAUGCACAACAACUGCUGGAAGUGGAGGUGAUGGAGGGUCUGCGAAAGCCUGCGCAGCAUGCGACGAAAACGCAGUGAUUUUUGGGACCAAGACGACGGCAGAACAAGUGACUGUUAUGAAACAAUCGCUAACAAACAACGCUGAUGGUUGCAAACAGAUGAAUGCUGUCUGUCAAGCUUCCUCAUCAAAUUUAAAGGCAUUCAUGGAGUUUAACAACGCCAUUGGUGGACCAGGAAUUGCGGAGACAAUCACCGCGCUAUUAACUUGUCACGAUGAUGGCAAAUGGUACUUUGAAACACUGUGA